CCUCUGUCUCUGUCACAAAUAAUGAGCUCACAUUGUGUAGACAUGAUUUAGAAAAUCUAAUUUUUGUGUGUUCAAGAGCAAAAAACAAUAUUUUCUCCUACGUGUAGCAAGCAAAAAAGUUUGCGCGUUACUUUGUGCAAGUGUAUUAACUAAUUCAACUACUUCUUGCGGUAAUUGUGAAACUGCAAUUAUAUAGGCCACGGAAAGAUUCUUGGGUGCGGCACUCAAUUUGAUGUAAAGGUAAGUUCCAAAAGGUAAAGGUGCUCACACAUAACACGUAAAUACCAUACGAAACGGUACAACAAAAAUGUCUGAUGCGAUGAGCGCACCGCCGCCAUUAAUACCCCAGCUGCAAGAGAUGCAGCAGCAGCAACAACAACAGCAUCACCAACAACAACAACAGCAGCAACAACAGGCGGCAAACUCUGCUACUGCGCAGCAAUGGAGUAACUACGCCUGGUGGCAUCAUCAUGGCAGUAACGCAGCUGCCUAUCAACAGCAAUAUCAACAAUAUUAUCAAUAUUAUAUGCGCUACCAGCAGCAGCAGCAACAACAACAACAACAGCAGGUAACAUCGACCAUCAGUUCGUCAAAUGCGCCGCCUGGUUUUAGCAAUGCGCUGGCGGCACCGCCGCUACCUACGGCUCCGCCACCGCCGCCACCACCACCUGCACAGUCGGGUAAUAAAAAUCAACAACAACAACAACAGCAGCAGCAACAGAAAAAUUUUGGUGGCAUACGUUUUAAUUUAAAUUUGAAUCAAAAACGUUUGGCAAAUGCGCCAAAUCCGCUGCAGCAACAACAACAACAGCAGCUGCAGCAGCAGCAACAACAGCACGCUAUGCAGCAGCUUAAUCUCUAUAAUAACAUGAACAACAACAACAACAAUUCUAACAAAAAGAAGCGCAAGCGCAAUAACAAAAACAAUAAUAAUAAUAAUAAUAAUAAUAACAACAACAACAUGAACAAACAACAACAGCAGCAGCUGACUGCUGCCUAUGAACCGUCGUCUGCUGGAUUCUCUGGCAUUUCUCUAAAUCCAUUUUCUACGCCAGCAGUGCCGUCCACACCGGAUUUAAGCAAGCCACCACCCCCCUUACCCUUAAUACAAACACCAGCACUAGCAGCUGCCGUUGUUGCCCCACAACAACAGCAGCAGCAGUCGCCUCCGCCGCAGCCGCCGGUAGCUGUUUUGGAGCCGCAGCAGCCAAAUCAGUCGCAGGCACUGCCGCAACCAGCAGCAGCAGCAGCAUUUAAACGUCCCAAUAGCUGCUUCCAAAUGGGCUCGAAUGAUUCGUGGCCUGAUUCUCUGAAUCAGUAUGUGGCCCGUUGCUAUUCCAAGUGUACAACCGACUUGGACAAGGAUCAAAUCGAUAUCUGUCUAAAGGGUAAAAUUAUUGCCGCCGCCAAUCGUAAUGAACUCUGGACGCGCGACUGGGACAAUGAGCCCAUGCCGACGGUGCACAGCGAGCGCGAUGCCAUAGACGUGGUGCUAAGUAAUGUAACGCCUCCACAACCACAACGUAGCAACUACUUUAACAAAAAACAGCAAGAACAGCAGCAGCAGCAGCAGCAACCACAGCAGCUGCAACAGACAACCCCAAAGCCUAGUCAAAAGACACCAAAUGUAAAUCAAUUUAAACAGAAGGGCAAUGCCUUUAACAAGUUUGCCAAUGGCGGCUACGGACAGCAGCAGCAGCAGCAGUCUUCCCGCUACUCUAGGAGUCGUUCACGUUCGCCCACGUCGUCCACGUCCUCGGCAUCAAAAUAUAACAAUAGGAAACGUUAUUCUCGUUCGCCACGUUCGCGUUCCCGUUCCCGUUCCCAUUCGCGUUCGCGCAGCAGCAGCGCCAGCAGUCCACCAGCUCGUAAGGUGCUCCGCAAGACUGGCUUAAAUGAUUCACUGGGCAGCGAUUUUAUACCAAUCAAUUCGAAUCUGUCGAGGAAACAGCAGAAAAUGCUGAUGAAGAGGAAUAAGCGUGCAGCCGCUGCCGCCGUCGGUGGCAAAAAGAAGACGCCACAUUUUUAUGCCACGCAUUCGUCGUCGGUGGGCGGUGCCGUUGAUGAUGACACAGCGCGCUUGCAACAGCGUGCGGCACGUUUCUCACAGUCGAGCAGUGGCUCGACUAAGAAAUCUGUCGUCGCAAUUGCAAGCUCACCGUUUGGUCUCACCACGGCCAAGCAUAAGAAGAGAUUGCAGGCCGCGGCGGCGGCUUCCCGUUCAGCGUCGUCGUCCAUGUUCUACGAGGAUGAUGCGGGUGCGGCGGGCUUAGAUUUACUCAAUUUGCAUAUUGUAGGCUCAUGUAGGGAUUUAGAAAAGUCAUUCUUGCGCCUUACCAAAGCGCCAUCACCAUCCGAAGUGCGUCCCGUUGAGGUGCUCACUCAUUCGCUGGCUAAUGUGAAAGGCAAAUGGCGAGCCAAUCAGGAUUAUCAUUAUGCGUGUGAUCAGUUGAAGUCCAUACGCCAGGAUCUGACUGUCCAAGGUAUACGCGAUAAGUUCACCGUUGAGGUAUAUGAGACGCAUGCGCGCAUUGCCAUGGAGAAGGGCGAUCAUGAAGAGUUCAAUCAGUGCCAGACACAGCUUAAGAUGCUUUACUUGGAAUUGGGCAACAGCAGCAAUUCGCUCGAGUUUACGGCCUAUCGCAUUAUCUAUUACAUCUUUACUAAAAAUACCUUGGACAUCACAACUGUUUUGCGUUCGAUAACAGCUGAUCAGCACGAGAAUCCUGCCAUUGCGCACGCUCUAGAGUUUCGUUCCGCAUGGUCGCUGGGCAACUAUUGCAAACUAUUCGAUCUGUAUAAAAGGGCGCCGCUCAUGUCGGGCCAUAUGAUUGAAUGGUUUUUGGAGCGCGAGCGCAAGGCGGCACUGCGCAUAAUUAUUAAAUCUUAUCGUCCCAACAUUAGCGUCGAAUAUGUGUCAAAUGUUUUGGCCUUUGAUAGCACUGAGAAGUGCAAAGAAUGGCUCGACACCUUCAGUUUACCCUAUGCCGCAGACGGCGCUCAAAUUGAUUGCAAAAAUGCAGCUGCUAUUGCCAUUUGAAGCCACUAACAAAGUGUGUUGGGCGUUUUUAAACUAAACUACAAACAGGUGUGGAGCGUGACGGCUUGGGCUGGCAGCGAGCGCACCAUCAAAGACAAUAUUCAACAAAAGAUCCAUACUCGAUAUCCGUUUGAAAAGCUCUUCAACUGUUAAUUAGCAGAACGAGCAUUUUUCACGGUAUCGACGCGGCUACCUCCCUGUCUCUCUCUCCCUCUCUAUCUAUCUUUUAGCCUGGCCCCUUUUGCACCAUUGUAUAUAUUCGAUCUAUUAGUGCGUGUGGCCUUGCGUUAAUGUUAGGAAGUUUUUUUUUAUAUGUAUGCAUCAUUCUAGAUUGAAAAUGUAUCUCAGUUCGGUUUUCCCUCCCCUUAAUCCAACUCAAAUGUGUCUGCAAACUCUUACACCACACCCAAUUCGUCGUCGGUUCACAUUCUCAUGGAUUUUCAAUUAAUGUCUUCUCUGCGCUUAAACGUUUCAUCAAAAUUCCACGUCCAGCCUCAACAAUCUGCUUUCGCUGAACAUCGUCGAGUACCUCGCAUGGAUUAUCUAAUGAUCUUCAUAUGGAUAGCAUCCUGGAACUUCGCGUCGGUUUUAUAGCGAUUAAGGUGAAUGCUAAACGGCUGAUGCUGGAAAUGCUCAAAGUCAACAGGGACUCGGCACUCAAAGUAGUAAACGGCAACAGGAUCGUGGCUCCUGGGAUCAGCAGAAGAGAUUCUCAGGAUAUGUCUGAAAUACAUAGAAAGGAUCAACAAAUGGAUCAAUGCAAUAAACGCUGCACGCUGAUAUCCACAAAUAGAUUAUGUAUUAAUCAGGAAGGCCGCGAUCAACAGUCCAGUUAAGGGCGUUGUUGAGCUUCAAGCAAUUAUUUGAACGACGCCUUAGCCGAUUCGUCUUCAUCCGUUUUAAAUAACAAUUUAGCAAUGCGGCAUCCGUUUGGCUCUCAUAACUGAAGUCCAGCACAACGCUGGAACAUCUUUUCAGGUUUUUGGAGUGGUUCCUACCAAAGUCUAACGUCCGUAAAACAGCAAAAAUAAAAAACUAAAUUGAAAUCCAUCAUAAUAAUCAACGUCCUAGUUGAACAAAACUUUUAAAUGGGUUUCUCAGAUAAAAAGAAACAAUGAAAAUUUCAAGUGCAAGUUAUAAAAAUGUGAACCUUACCUAUCUAAAAACUGAACAGAACAAAGCAAAAGUGAACUAAAGUCUAUUAACCAUAAUAUUAACAAAGAAAAAAAAAAACAAGCAGCAGCAACAAAUAACAAUUAACACAAGAAACAAAAAUGCAGGCUCAAAACAGAGUCUAAACAAUUAC